UUUGUUUUUUUUUUGUAUUUUUAUAACUUAUACCUAUGAAGAGUUUCGAGAGUUUCACUAUUCUCUGAGCCUGGCCAUGGGCCAGGCUCGUCUGGUACUUGCUUGAUCAACCAGGCUGUUGCUGCUGGAGGCCUGCUGUCCUACAUAUUCAUCACUGCCUGGUUGAUCUGGCACCUGGUGAAGAUACUGUACUUGUCCAGUUUUUAUGACUCAUGAAAUGAGUUUUAUGACUCUCUGACCUCGGGUUCUAUCCCUACCUGUGGUAUGGUUUGUAAAGUUUCCUCUUGAAGGCUUCUACACUUGUUCCAGUUGUGUUUCUGAUAUCUUCUGGUAAAAUGUUGAAUAGUCUGGGACCCCGAAUGUUGAUACAGUGUUCCCUUAUUGUCCCCACCGCACCCCUGCUCCUUACUGGGUUUAUUUUGCACUUCCUCCCAUAUCUCUCACUCCAGUAUGUUGUUAUGGCAGUGUGCAGAUUUGGGACCAGGCCCUUGAGUGCUUUCCAGGUAUAUAAUGCUUUUUAUAUUUCCUCUUCACCUAUGCUUAUACUUAAACCUUUUUUUUAGAUGGGGGAAUAGAAACCAAUUUAUAUCUUGUCUUUGGCCUUUAUUUUCCUAGAUACAGGUGGGUCCUGCUUUACAGUGCUUCACUGUACAGCAUUUUGAUUUUCAAUUAUACUCAUUCUUCAUUUAUUUAGGCUUCCCACAAUGAAUAUAUUCACCACUCAAUAUCAGCUAAGGACGAAAAUAUGCAUUUUUUAGAUGUAGUUCUGUUGUUCACUUAAUAUAUGAUAGUGUAAACGUGUUAUCAGGAUUUAUAUGCAUUGGAAAGUGAAAAAAGGCUAUGAUGCGUUUUACAGCGAUUUUCACUUUACAGCAGUAUCCCAGAACUUAACCUGCUAUAUAAGUGGGGCCCUCCUGUAUUUUAUUUUUUUUAGGUUGACAUCAUAUCAUUGCUUUUUCUAAUUUUGUGAAAGAUUUUUAGCCUUUCCCUUCCAUAUUUCUAAAUGCUGUUUCUCAUUGUUAAACUUGUGUGAUUUUCUAAAACAGCAAUCUUUUAUCAUUGGUGGCUCUUAGGUCUCUUUGCUGCAUGAAGUAUUUUAUUACAAACAAAACUUAUACCAUACUCAGGCAUGCUUUCAUUUCCUACCAUUUUUGUUACCAGAUGAGCCUGGCCCAUGGCCAGGCUCAGAGUAGAGAAACUCUAGAAACUCUUCAAAGGUAUAUCAAAGGUGGCAUUUCUUCACGUUAACUUCCAUCAUCUACCUCUUAAUGCACUUGCUUGAUUUGUCCAAGUCUUCCUGUAGGAAUACAGUAUGCAGCCAUUUUAAUUAUUUGGAUUUGAGUGUUACUAUGCAGACAUACGUAUUUACGUACUGUAGUUCUUAAUUCCUUCUGGUAAGUCAUUACUGUAUAGAGAUUUGGAACUUUACCAGGAGUAAACACUGAUCUUCAUGGCACCCUGCUAAGUACUUUGCCCUACUAGGAUAUUUGAUCUAGUGUUUUUUUCACGGUGCAUAGUACUGUAUUACAUUAUAGUAUACAAGUUUAUCGUAUAUAGCAAAGCCCUUGGUUAUGCAAUGCCUUUCUCUUCAAACCUUGAUAUCAGUGAGGGCAUUUGAUCCAGGGAAUUGAAGCUACCCUCCCCUUGGAUUGAAUCCUAUUGUCUCCUAUCCCUCAGGUACUAUACACAUAUAUGAUUUCUGUGGGUUUAGCACUACCCCCAUUAAAAUCAGAAAUUUCUUUUUCACUAAUUAUUUGCCUUUUAUGUUUAUAUGUUUCCAGGUUAGUCUUCUGUUAGAAACUAUUGAAAGGUUUUAAACAUUUUAGAUUACUGUACCUUUUAGUAGCUUGUACAUUAUGCCUUUUUCAUAUUAGAUGGUUUGUCAAGUGAAUGUGACAGGGCAUAACUGCACAUAAGACUUGCAGAAAUAAGAUUGUUUCAGAAAAAGAUGGCCUGAAGAGAACAACAUGCAGGCAAUGUCAGUCAUGUACAGCAUUUCCCCCCCCCCCCCACAUAUGUAUCAAUCUUACAGGCUAAGAGCUGUUUUCCUACCUCAACUCAUUUCAAAGCCCAAUCCUAUCUGAGGUAUACAUACCACCCCCUGGGAUAUGAUCCACAACACUUGACUAACACCAUGAUAUUUACUUGCUGCUAGAUGAACAGGCUCAAUAGGUGUAAGGAAACGUGUCCAAUAUUUCCACCCAGGCUGGGAUCAAACCAUGGACUCUAGCGUGUGAACUGAGUGUGCUACCUUGAGGGGAAAUGAAUGUUGUAAUAUUGCUUUUAAAUAAUGGUAAUUUUAUCUUUUGAACUUACUAUAGGUGAAAUUUGUACUAAAUUUUCAGAUUCAUAGGCAAACAUUCCACACAUUUAUAUAGGAUUGUUUGUAUUCUUUGGCUCUUGUGGCCAAGGGAUGGUCAGCAUCUGAAUGUAUUAUUUGAAACUAGCAAAAAUUGUAGCCAUUGUGAAUAGCAUAGAUUCAAACCAUUACAAUAUGUCCUGGUCAAGCCUUAAUCAUUAAAUCACAAAAAACUAAGGAUAUUGUUCUAACUAAACCGAAUGAAACACUGCUACAGCCUGUUGAUACCAUAGGAUCAAGUCUCGCCAGUAAAAUCCCAGGUACCAAUGCCUGAGCAAGUGAUUACUUAAAUGGGAAUUUCCCAACCUCCUCCUAUCUUGCACCUACUGAGCCCACUGAAGUCACCAUGAUAAUCAAGUCACUUAAAUAUAAAUCAGGGAAUCUGUCUCAAGUCCCACCAGUAUUAUACAAGCGAACAUAGAGCAGCAUUUAUGAACCUCCUGCAACAGACGCUAGAAUGGGUUUCAGUGACUAUCCAUAAAGGAACUGCAUAUUUGUCCUUACUAGCUCAUCACCCCCCAUUGUGAAAGACGGCAGCCUGUUUAGUGAGUGGCCUUGUUGAUGACGUUCUGUUCACACAUUUUAACACAAUUUAGAAGGUAUCUCUGAAUUUUGAUUCACUAUGCAUCUGUAUUGACAUUUCUGUAUUUUUUAGUAUUGACUACUGGUAGAUUAAGGGAUGUUUAUUGUAUUAUAGCAUUGUUUCAUGGGUGAUAAGUUGUUUUAUGUAGCACAUCCUUAAUAGAAUGCUCUUUACAUUUUUUCUGAAAAGGCAAUGAUAGUAUGGUAAUCAGGAGAAAGAGGAACAGUUACAGUGGAAACAAGGCUUUGGAGAGGAUCAAGAAUUGUGUUGGUGUGCAUUUCUCACUUCUCAAGAUGUUGUUUGCCUGAUAAUUUGUUUAUUGGGAAAAUAUGUGGGGAAGCUAAAUAUUUGUUAUACCAUCAGAUUUAGUAAGUGGUGAAAGUGAGGUGGCACUGUUAGUAAAUAAGGAACUGUAAGAAGAAUACAGAAAGGUCUAAUAAAGUACAGUAGGUGAAUAAAAUAAUAAAUUAAUGUUUUGGAUACAGUGGACCCUUGUUUUUCGUAAGCAUCAGAAUUUGUAAUUUUCACAAAUCGUAACUUUUUUCAUCAAAACAUUGACUUACAAAUCGUUGUUUGACCCGCAAAUAGUCGUUUGUCCCAAUUGCAUAUAAGCAGCCCGAGCGUCCCCACACACCAUUCACAGUCAGUGCCAUUGUUUAUCAGCAAGUGAGCACGAUCCCACGCGUUCAUACGAUACAUUUCGUAAUAUUCCAUUUGUUUUAGUGCUUGCAACUGCUAAAUAAGCUGCCAUGGGCCGAAAGAAAGCUCCUAGUGCCAACCCUUUGAUAAAGAGGGUAAGAAACACGAUAGAAUUCAAGAAAGACAUCAUUGCAAAAUAUGAAAGUGGAAUGCGUGUGGCAGAGCUUGCCAGGCUGUAUGGGAAACCCCAUACAACCAUCUCUUCCAUUGUGGCCAAGAAAAAGGAAAUUAAGGAAGCUGUUGUUGCAAAAGGGGUAAAUAUGCUCACAAAAAUGAGAUCGCAAAUCCUCGAAGAUGUGGAGAGGUUGUUGUUGGUGUGGAUCAACGCGAAACAAUUAGCAGGAGAUAGUCUUAUGCAGUCAAUAAUUUGUGAAAAGGCAAGGCAGUUGCAUGACGAUCUCGUGAAGAAAAUGCCUGCAAUGAGUGCUGAAGUCAGUGAAUUUAAGGCCAGCAAAGGCUGGUUUGAGAGAUUUAAGAAGCGUAGUGGCAUACACAGUGUUGUAAGGCAUGGUGAGGCUGCAAGAUCAGACAAACAUGCGGCUGAAAAAUCUGUGCAGGAAUUCAAGGGGUAUUUAGAGACUGAAGAAUUCCAACCCCAACAAGUGUUCAGUUAUGAAACAGGCCUCUUUUGGAAGAAAAUGCCAAAGAGGACCUACAUCACGCAGGAGGAAAAGGCACUGCCAGGACACAAGCCUAUGAAAGACAGGUUUACUCUUUCAGGGUUUGGGGCUGGCUCUGAGGACCCUAUGCCAGUUGUGGAAUCUAUUGUGGCAUUGGGGAAUUCCACGGGGUUGGAUGCGAGUGGCAAGGAUGUGGAAGAGUUGGUGGAGGAGGACAAUGAAGAGCUAACCAUUGAAGAGCUGCAAGAGCUUCAUCCGGAACACCAACAGACCAUAGCUCAGGAAAUAGCUUCAGAGGAGGAGGAAGAGAGAUGGAAGAAGGUGCCUUCUUCAGAGAUUAAGGAGAUUUGUGCAAUGUGGAGUAGGAUAGAGAGAUUUGUGGAGGAACAUCACCCUAACAAAGCUGUUGUAAGCCGUGUCAACAACAUGUACAAUGACUAUGUCUUGUCCCAUUUUAGGGAAAUUUUAAAGAGACACCAGAAACAGAGCUCUCUGGACAGAUAUUUAGUGCCACAGGUGUGCAGUGACUCUCAAGCUGGUCCUAGUGGCAUUAAAAAACAAAGAAGGGAAGUAACCCCAGAAAAGCACUUGGUACCUUAAGUCUUUAUAGAAGGGGAUUCUCCUUCCAAACAGUAAUUUCUCCAUCCUCUCCCCUCCUCCCAUCUUCCAUACACUAAGAAGAAUCUUCAAUAAAGGUAAGUGUCAUGUUAUUGUUUUAUUCAUGUCUCAUUGUUUUCUGUGUAUAUAGAUCUAUAUUUCAUGUAAAAAAUUUUGUUUUAAUACUUUUGGGUGUCUGGAAUGGAUUAAUUGGAUUUACAUUAUUCCUUAUGGGGAAAAUGGUUUCGCAAAUUGUCAAUUUCGCCAUUAGUCACACACUGGAACAGAUUAAUUACAAAAAACGAGGGUCCACUGUAGUUGAUAAAUGGAUGAAAUAAAGUGGGUUGUGAAAAUUUGAUGUGAAUAGGAUAUUGAAUGGCAAAGAAUGGGUGGUGACCCUCAUAUUUUUUUAAUGCAACUGGAUCCCUCAAAGGAGAUUUUGAUUCUGGUGAAAGGCUCAUGACAUUAUUUCAUCACCUAGGAUGGAUUUAAUGAUGAAAUGUGUCAGACUUCUGUAUUGUGAUUAGUCAAUUAUGUGUUAUGUUAAUCUCCAGGGUUUAUUACCUGGACCUCAGCAAUGAGAGUGGCUACUCUCACCGCUGGGCAACGGCGACCAGUGCAAUUAUGUGGCUUUAUAUUCAUUGGGAAUUAAACCCAUAAGGGUCAUAUGGCAUUGAGAGAAGAGGAGGUAUUCAAGUUUGAUCAAAAGGGAUGGAUUAACCCAUUUGAAGGGUUAGACCUUUUCAGUUAUUCUUCUCUGAGUGUUUAGCUUUUUUUUUUAUAAUAAUAAUAAUCCUCUUUGGGUAUAACACCUCUCACGAGAGGGUCCUUGAUGCUGGUCAGGCUCUUGUACCAAGGAAUUUGCUUUGGCCUCCCAUUCGAUCAAACCAGAUUGCCUCCUGUUCACAUCCCUUUUCCUAGGUGUGGCAUGUCCUCUACAAGUUCAGCACUCCCAAUUAAUAUAAAUGAAAUGGGUAUAGGAGAUAAAGGUGCAUUUAAGGUUUUCUGUAAAGGUUUCACUAAGUUUGGUAAAAAAUCACCAUAUGUGAUUUCCUACACAAUGCUGAUCCUUCAGUGGUUGGGGAGGGUGCCUUUAUGCUGGUUAAGAAAUUGCUACUUUCCCAAUUCAUUGUGACCCUUGUGGGUUUAGCACUUAGUUAUAAUUGUAAUAAUAAUCCUAUUCAGUGUAUGCUGUAUAUUAUUAUUAUAAUCAAGGGGAAGAACUAAAUCUGUAGGAUUAUACAGCAUCUGUAGGGGGGGGGGGAAUGUGGAAGGUAUUCAGGUUUAAUACAGGGAACUGGAGCACAGAUCCAGUUCCCUAGAUCAAGAGCCCCUCACCACCAUCAAGGAACCUUCCUUGAGGGGGUAUGCUGUAUAACCCCUUAUUUGCUUAGUGGAUCCAAAUAUUGUAACACCACACUGCUAUGUAGUGUGGAGUCAUUCUUUUAUAAUGUAAAGAUUGAAAGUUGUGUGUUAGUGACCCAUCAAAGGUUCCUUGAAGCAAAUUAAUGGUACCUGUUCUCUUCCUUGGAUUAAACUUGAUUGCCUCCCAAGAGGUUGUAUGACCCCAAUGGGUUUAGCAUUCCUCUUCUAUAUAUAUAAAACAUGUAUGUACUGAGUUGCUUGACUCGAUACCCAGCUCCUCUUGAUUCAAGGACUUGGACAUAUCAUUUUCUUGGAUUAAAUCUAGUUACACACAGCACUAUAUGACUUGCUACAAGUAUAGCACUUCCCUGUAAUCAUAAUAUAUCUAUGUGAUUAAGGAAGGUGGACAAAAUGUGCAUGCUUACCUAAUAAACAUGGGUUUAAUGAUGUAAAUAUUGUACAAAAAAUUAUCUUGUUACAAUUGGUGUCAAGGUUAAAUUAUUUAUGCCCUGUGCUACUUUGUGAUGCAAAAUAGAGAUAUCUAAGGUUGGGGUUAAGUGCUACUUUUUGUGGCUUAAAGUAGCACAAGACUGUUAGUCUUGGACAGGUGUUGCUUUCUUGACUUUGAUGCUAUGAGGGAGAGACAAGGUGUUAUUUUUGUAAUAAGACCACUUUUGUAGCUCUUAAAAACAAAUUUUUUGUGCUUCAUGAAAGAUUACAAUGUGAUGACAGGUCUUUAAUGAUGCAUGAAAAUAGCACUAGAUAAAAUGUUGCUUUUGUACCCGACACUACACAAAUAACCCACACAUAAGCUCUUCUCUCCUAUGUGUGGGUUGUGCCUUUUUGUUCUUUUUGUACCUAACAAAAGUAGCACAAGCUUAUUUCUGAUAACUGUUAGGUUAAGUAACAUAAGAUGCUUGUUGGAAGACUGGGUGUAAUUUGUACUUUAGCAUUGAAUUCAUUCACCAUAGGCGACAAUUUAAAUGUCAGGUGUUACUUUUGUGACUCAGAAGUAACACUGGUUCAUCAAGGCAAAGCCGAGAUGCGGGAGGGCUGGUGUUGCUUUAAAAACUCACAAAAGUAGCACUAAGGCCAGGAAUAGCUUAUGUAAGUUAAGAAAGUGGCACUGUGCCAUGAGGGUAGACCAGGAUUUGGGAUACAGCUGGUGCUUAUGAAAGUGUCUUUCAAGAUCCACAAAAAUAGCAAUAUCCUCCCUAAGGGGCAUACCAUGUAAAAGUUUCACAAUUCGCAAAAGUAGCACUGUGUGCCCUAAUAGUAUACCAUGAUUUGAGAUAGCUGUUGCUACUUUAGUGAGCAAUAAAGAUAUGGCCAACAGCUAAGAUGUCAAGUGCUACUUUAUUGGCUUAUAUAAGUAGCACCAGAUCAUACUGAAGAUGGCAUGUGUUAUUACAAAAGUAACUAUAUUUUAUGGCUCAUAAAAUAUUUAAGUUUUCCACAAAUUUCUUAAUCAACUAGCAAUGACUUCCACUCUGUGGGAAUUGUCAGGUUCCAGUUUCUGUUAGUGGGCAGUUCAACAGAAUGUGUCCAACGAGCAUGCAGAACUUGCCUCCAACAUCGUCGCCGCUCGACUGCCCUUUACCUUCCCAUCUUGCUGAUGGACUCUCCUCUAACCCAGUCACUUUCAUUGACUUUUUGGACAGCAACUGAUUUACUGCACAAAGUCUGAUGAUAACUCAUAAUCAUCCCUCUCUCUUGCUACCCAAUACCCUUACAUCCUUCCCUGCUGCACUAUGACCCUUGUGGGUUUAAGCCCCUCAAGGAAGGUUCCUUGAUGUUGGUGAGGGGCUCUUGAUUUAGGGAAUUGGAUCUGUGCUCCAGUUCCCCAAAUUAAGCCUGAAUGCCUUCCACAUCCCCCCCCCCAGGCGCUGUAUAAUCCUCCGGGUUUAGCGCUUCCCCCUUGAUUAUAAUAAUAAUGUGGGUUUAGCACUUUUGGAUUAUAAUAAUAUCUAGCAAUGACAACUAUGAUGUAGGGAAUGGAAAACUAAUUUGUCUUAGCCAAUUUUUAUACAAAGUUUCAAGACUUUUUAGAAAAAAAAAUCCUGUUUUCUCAACUGUUCCUUGGUUCAUUUUAGAUGAUUUUUUGAUUAGAUGCCAUUUUCAGGAAUGCACUUGUCUUGAUGGACAGCCAACUGCAGAAAACCAUUACUUCCUAAUAAAAUUAUAAGACUUAUUACAGUGUAUGUGAAAUUCAACAAACCAGUAAUCA